UUCGAUACUUCGUUCGCAAGCGCGAGAGAGAGAGAGAGAGAGAGAGAGAGAGAAGAGAGAAGGGGAAAGGAAAAAAAAAAAAAAGAAUUAAAUAAAAAUUAGCAGGAAAAAAAAAUUCGAAUUAGGAGGAAAAUAAAAAUCGACCGUUGCCUCCUUUUUAUUUGAAUCAGGAGGGAAUCGAGCGCCAUCCAUGGCUACUUCGCUCGAGAACCCUCCUCCUCCUCCUCCUCCUCCGACGCCUCUUCCUCCUCCUCCUCCGACUCUACCCGAUCGCGUAGUGGAUCAGGCGAAGACGCUCAUCAGCGCCCUCAAUCUCAUCUCCCGCAACCUCCCCCUUCCCCCCGACGUACUACGCGCCGUCUCCUCCAUCUACCAUGGCGGCGACGACGACGCCGCCGCGGAAGAGGAAGGGGGAGGCGCCGCCCCUCUCGAAGAGGAUCCGAUCUAUGGGGUUUCAACUAGUGGUACUUUGAUAAAAGAGCUUGAAGAUGCAAUAUGUAGGCAACAAGAAAGUCGUAUGUCCUGUUCGGCAUUGAGAACAUCAAAGGAAAGUCGUUUUAAUAGCUCCAUCCAACAUCGCCUUUCCGAGCUUGAAGCUUUACCAUCAAAUAGGGGCGAAGACUUGCAAAUGAAGUGCUUGCUCGAAUUAUAUGGUUUGAAGUUAUUAGAACUGCAGAGGAAGGUGCGAUCUGAUGUGAGUGCGGAGUAUUGGUUACACAAUAUAUGUGCAUAUCCUGAUAGGCAAUUAUUUGACUGGGGGAUGAUGCGGGUGCAAUAUCCUUUUAGCAUGUAUGGGAUUGGAGAUUCUUUUGCUAUUGAUGUUGGUGAACGUCAUCGAAGGAAGAGAUACACAGAGAGAAUGUCAAGACUGGAAGAGGAAGAAAAGAACCAGAUUGAGAUGAAAAAGAGGAAAUUUUUUGCAGAAAUUCUCAAUGCUGCUCGUGAGUUUCAGCUACAAACAGCAGCUGUGUUGAAACGACGGAAGCAGAGGAAUGAUGGAGUUCAGGCAUGGCAUGCAAGGGCAAGACAACGCAUUACUCGUGCUGAGAAGUUAAGGUUCCAAGCGCUAAAAGCAGAUGACCAAGAAGCAUACAUGAAAAUGGUAGAAGAGAGCAAGAAUGAGCGGUUGAAAAUGCUUCUUGGAAAAACAAAUGAUCUUCUUGUUCGCCUUGGAGCAGCUGUGCAGAGGCAAAAGGACGCAGAACAUCUUGGUGGGGUCUCGUUAAAAGAAUCUGAGUCUGAUGAUCCUUCGCAAGUCUCUGUCUCCAAGAGUGAAACCCCAGGGGAGCUAGAUGAUGAGAUUGAUGUUGUCAAUACUGAUUCUGCACAAAAUGGAAAGGGUAACGAUUUGCUUGAAGGCCAACGGCAGUACCAUUCCACUGUUCAUGCUAUUCAGGAGAAGGUGACAGAGCAGCCUACUAUGCUUCAGGGUGGAGAGUUAAGGCCUUACCAGUUAGAAGGACUUCAAUGGAUGCUUUCCCUGUUCAACAACAAUCUAAAUGGCAUUCUUGCUGAUGAAAUGGGUCUCGGAAAGACAAUUCAAACCAUAGCUUUGAUUGCUUACUUGAUGGAACACAAGGGUGUCACUGGACCGCACCUGAUAAUUGCUCCAAAAGCAGUAUUACCAAAUUGGUUUAGUGAAUUUUCAACUUGGGCACCAAGUAUUACUACACUAUUAUAUGAUGGGCGCCCAGAAGAGAGGAAGGGAAUAAGAGAAGAGUAUUUCGGAGAAGGGAAAUAUAAUGUUUUGCUCACACACUAUGAUCUGAUAAUGAAAGAUAAAAAGUUCCUGAAGAAAAUUCACUGGCAUUAUAUGAUUGUGGACGAAGGGCAUCGGCUUAAAAACCAUGAAUGUGCUCUUUCACGCACGAUAGUUACAGGCUAUCGUAUUCGUCGUAGACUUCUGUUGACCGGCACCCCAAUACAGAAUAGCUUGCAGGAGCUUUGGUCAUUGCUCAAUUUUCUUCUUCCCCACAUCUUCAAUUCCGUACAAAAUUUUGAGGAAUGGUUUAAUGCACCAUUUGCAUGCGAUGUAUCUCUCAAUGAUGAGGAAGAGCUACUGAUUAUUCGCCGUUUGCAUCAAGUUAUACGGCCCUUUCUUCUGAGAAGGAAAAAGGAUGAAGUUGAAAAGUAUCUUCCUGGGAAAACACAAGUAAUACUUAAAUGCGACAUGUCUGCUUGGCAAAAAGCAUAUUACCAGCAGGUCACUGACUUGGGGAGGGUUGGACUAGAAUCUGGCAUAAAAUCAAAAUCUCUCCAGAAUUUGUCAAUGCAGCUCAGGAAGUGUUGCAAUCAUCCCUACCUAUUUGUAGGAGAAUAUAACAUGUGGCAGAAGGAACAAAUUGUUAGAGCUUCAGGGAAGUUCGAAUUGUUGGAUCGUUUACUUCCAAAGCUCCAAAGAACCGGUCACAGAAUUCUACUUUUCUCCCAAAUGACACGUCUUAUUGAUAUCUUAGAAAUCUACUUACAACUAUAUGAUUUUAAGUACCUUCGACUUGAUGGGUCGACGAAGACCGAAGAGCGAGGGGCAUUGCUUAGACAGUUCAAUGCGCCAGACUCUCCCUAUUUUAUGUUUCUAUUGAGCACACGAGCUGGUGGUCUCGGAUUGAACUUGCAGACUGCAGAUACUGUUAUUAUCUUUGAUAGUGACUGGAACCCUCAAAUGGACCAACAGGCGGAAGAUCGAGCCCAUCGAAUUGGGCAGAAGAAGGAAGUUAGGGUUUUCGUGUUGGUUAGUGUUGGCUCGAUCGAAGAGGAGAUAUUGGAUCGUGCGAAACAGAAGAUGGGUAUUGAUGCAAAGGUCAUCCAGGCUGGGCUGUUUAACACUACCUCCACAGCACAGGACAGGCGAGAGCUGUUGCAAGAGAUCAUGCGGAGAGGAACGAGCGCUCUGGGAGCUGACGUCCCGAGCGAACGUGAGAUUAAUCGUCUGGCGGCACGUAAUGAAGAGGAGUUCUGGCUGUUUGAGAAGAUGGAUGAAGAGAGGCGGCAGAGGGAAAGAUACAGAUCGAGGCUAAUGGAGGAAAACGAAGUGCCCGAAUGGGUAUUCCCAAAAAACACCGAAAAUAAAGCAAAAGAAACCCUAAGCCCAGAUGCCCAAAGCAAUCAAAUUAGCGGAAGGAGGCAGCGUAAGGAGGUGGUAUAUGCUGAUUUAUUGAGUGAUAUCCAGUGGAUGAAGGCUGUGGAGGAAGGGGAGGACUUGUCGAAGCUGGCUGCUAAGGUGAAGAGGAAAGAGCACCCUUCCGACGCGCAUGAAUCUGUCGCUAGCGAGGAGAACAGUGAAAACAUAUCGAGUAAAACUUUGAAAAAGUUACAAGGUGGAGUCGCCGAGAAAGACGACAGUGAAGGCGAAGUAGUAGGCGAGGUUGUUAAUAGUAGCUGGCAAAACAAUAUCGUGACGUGGAAGACUCACAAGAGAAAGCGCUCAAGCCACGGCUACUCCAGUUCAUCGUCGGACGUAAAAGGACGGCAGGGUCUAUAAAGAUAGCCCGAUCUCGCAUUGAAUUUUUUAAGUUAAAGAAAGUCUACUGAAAACUCCUUUUUCUGUAUUGUUUGUUCAUUAUUUUUUCGCUCUGCUCUUACCUGCUUCCUUCUGGAAAGACCAUGUUGUAUUCCUCUUAAAGUGAUAGCUUAUGAGAUGUAAAACCAAUAAUUCUUAGAAAUAUUAGGAAGGUAGGAAAUUAUUAGCAGUUUCACAGCUGGGGUUCAUGCAAGAAGAUUAUGUAGCCUUUAUUUAAUUUUCAGUGUCAUAAAAUUAACAGCUUUAGCUGCUGAUGGAUUGCUUAA